CACGGAGCCGCGCGCGCGCCACGAGCGCUCAAACGCCCGAGCAGCAGCAGCCUCAACGACAGCGCGAGGAGCGCGUGCAGCACUCAGGUGAAGAAACUCUCAAAAGUGGGGGAAAACGCAGCAGAACCGUCGCAGAUGUGAGAACACCCAGUCAAAAUGAUGAGGGCACCCCUGGAUGUACAAAGACUCCCCCCCAAAACACUGGUUACGAGAUGUUCUGGCUGUAGGAGUUGGGACAAACAGUGAAUGCUUUGACUGAACUGCUCUGAAGACUGGAAACUUUCUCUGGAUGGAGAUAUAUGCUGGUGUCAGUGCCUACAAUUCUUGUAAUUCCCAUAAUUCCCACGAAUGCCACCAGUAAUGGAUGCCAUGGCUACCACUCACUGAAGUGAAAGGACAUGCAAGGACACUGAAGCAGUGUAAAAAAAAAAUUUAAGCCAAUCCUGGUAGUUCUCACCAUCUCAAGACAAGUUCCACAAAGGCAAAGGACAACCCAAACCAUCCUCACAAACUAGUUUUGGCAGGAAAAGAGGAUCCGUGUCACAAAGUGCUAUCCCAACCACCCCCAACAACACUCCAAAGUUCCAAAAGGAGUUGAGAAGCUGUGAGGGAACUAAGGCACAAUAUGGCAGCUGAAAGCCUAAUCGAGCUCAGGGACUGGCUGUUCCUGCUACUCCUGUGCCUGACGCUACUGGUGGAAGUGCUGGAGUUUGCAGCAGCAACAGCUGCCAUCACUGAGGCGGCACUCGGGGAAGCAGAGCUUCAAGGAGAUGUACCGUGUCCGUCAGCAUGUAGGUGUGAUGACGGCUUCAUUUACUGCAACGACCGUGGACUGAGCAUCAUACCUGCUUUGCCGUUAACAGCAGCCGUUCUCUAUUUGCAAAAUAAUCGCAUUGAUAACGCUGGCCUACCUGUUUCUUUAGAGCAGCGAAUGACUGUUCAAGUGGUUUAUCUUUAUGACAAUGAACUCGAUGAUUUUCCAACGCACUUGCCUCCCUCGUUACGAGAACUUCAUCUACAGGACAACAAUAUACGAACUUUACCCCGAGCUGCUCUAGCACGUUUACCCUUGCUAGAGAAACUCCAUAUGGAUGAUAACUCAAUUUCAACCGUAAGCAUCGAAGACAAGGCAUUUGCAAAUAAUCCACGGCUACGGCUGCUCUUCUUGUCACGCAACCACCUGUCAAGUAUACCAUCAGGGUUGCCAUCAUCGCUUGAGGAGCUUCGGCUGGAUGACAAUCGAAUUUCCACGAUUCCGACUCAUGCGUUCAGGGGGCUCACUUCGCUUAGACGUCUUUUCCUCGAUGGGAACCUGUUAGCAAAUCAACGCAUUGCUGAUGACACAUUUUCACGCCUGUCUAAUUUAACAGAGCUCUCUUUGGUGCGCAAUUCUCUUCAGUCUCCACCUUUAAACCUUCCCAGCUCACAUCUUCUUCGAUUAUAUCUGCAGGAUAAUGCAAUGGCUCACAUGCCACGAGGUUCCUUGGAUGGUAUGCGUAGAUUACAGAAGCUGGACCUGUCAGGCAACAACCUUACCACCCUCCCCAGGGGCCUGUUCAGGGACUUGGACAGCAUUUCACAGCUGCUUCUACGUGGAAAUCCCUGGCAUUGUGGCUGUAACCUCCGUUGGCUCCAUGACUGGUUGCACGUCCGAGGAUCAUCUGUAACCGUGAGGGGGCUAACAUGUCACGGACCAGAAAAGGUCAGGGGAAAAUCACUGAGGGACCUCACAAGUCAAAUGGAGCAAUGUGAGGUAGCUGUGGAUGGACUAGGUGCUGUUGGAGGGCUUGGGGGAGGCAAUGGCGCCAAGGGGGCAAAAGAUAAGGGGGAUUUUCCAACCGAAAUCCCAAUUACAACAACCGUCCCACUUCCCCAAGGUUCCCUCUUCACACUCAGGUCGAGGCGACCUGUACACAGGUACCCUGAUUUGGGACAGGACAGUUCUUUAGGGGGUGAAAGUGGGGUUGCUGGCAAAACAUUGAUCAUCAGCGUAAAGCCUUUAACUCCAGAGACAGUCCAUAUUACAUGGCAAGCUGCUCAGCCAGCAUCAGCUUUCAGGCUCUCCUGGUUAAGACUAGGCAACAACCCGGCCAUGGGUUCCAUCACAGAGACACUAGUCCCAGGUGACCGCAGGGAGUAUUUACUCACUCAACUACAACCGCAGUCAAGCUACAUUAUCUGCUUGGUGCCUCUUGUUGUCAACAAGGGAAGAUGGACAUCAAUUACAGCAACAGGGGGGUUUAAUAUGAACACUGACUCAGAGCAUGAGCAUCCUGCUUGUGCCCGAACAGAGACAGGAGAUCCCCAGAUUCAGCCUGGUGCUGAUCGGGGCCAGGACGUACAGGGUAUGGACGAACUAGCGGCCUUACCUCUUGCAGGGAUUAUUGGAGGAGUGACUGCAUGUGUAUCUCUGUUCUUAAUUUUUGGGAUCUUCUGCUGGUAUGGACAUCGUGCAGGAUACCUUGCAGCUGAUGAUCAUACCGUAUAUGGACGAGAUGCUGUUGUGUCCCGUAGUGGCACAAAGCAUUAUGAUGACUAUGUAGAAUCUGGUACCAUUAAAGACACCUCAAUCUUAGAGAUUGGAACUCCUGGUUUCCAGAUGACGCCACUGGCUGCUCAUCAACCUUUGCAGCCAAAAGCUAAAGUUGAGGACAUGACAUACAUUCAUACUAUUUUUCCCUCAAAUAAUACAACCCUUUAUAGGAGCACCCUUAACCACACAGUGAAUCCAGGCUAUGGAACCAACCGAGGAUACAGAGAAGGAGGAAUUCCAGAUAUAGAUUAUGCCUACACGUGAUGGCAUCUAUACUAUACCAUGUCUUUUUUUCUUUUCACUAUGUUUAAUACUGAGUAGCUGAGUAGGGGUUUGUUCAUUGCCCUAGGUUCCAAAGUAGGGGUGUGCCGAUUUUGAAGUAGCCUAUACAUCAUUCAUAUACAUUAUUCAUACUGACUGAAAAAUAUAUUAAGAGAGAUUGUCCAUUGAACAAAUUAAUUAAAUCAAGAAUUUGCAGAGAAGAAAAAGUGUCAUCAUUGACAUUUUUAAUUCCUUUUUGAAAACUGGAAGAAACAUCCCAUUUCACAAAAAGAACUAAUUUCAUUACUGACCACUCAAAGCUGGGUGUAAAACCAAUGCACCCCGUAAAGGGCUUUUAUUAUCGUUAUUGAUUUAUUCAGGUCAUGCCUUGUGUGUCUUUGGCACCACAUAAUUUCUGACAAGUCUGCGACAUGACCUCAUUUUCAUACGCCAAGUCAUGAAGCAAAAUUUCAAUUGGCACGCCCCUAAUCCAAAUGUACCCUUUGUGCCUCCUUCAGUCUAUUUCCAGUCUAUCUGUUUCUCAAUACAAUUUAGGGCAAAGAUCCUCUGGAACAAGCUUGUAACACUUAACAUAUAAGUGCCAGAGAUACCAUUCUUGGUAUUGACUUGACAUAAUCCAACAUUUUAAAAGUGAACUGAUUAACCUUUCUUUCCUUUUAGUACCAAUGAUUACCUGUUUAUUUCCUUUAACUAGGUCAUGUUAAGGGGACAUAUAGGAGGGUUAGCAUGAGGAUAAGGUGUAUGCUGAGGGACCAGGUGUGUAUAGUAGCUUUACUACCUGUACUGUAUAUACGUAUAUGUGCUGGGGAGAAAAUGGAUGCCUUUCAAGUCUUACAGGACACCUACUCAGUCAACAACAACAAAAGCAAGAAAAAAGGGAUUGGGGCGAUGAAAAAAACAAGACUAAAAAAGAAGUCAGCCUUUCUGUUUGUCAUUCUGAUUCUAGGUUCUUAUUUUCCCUAUUCCCUCUGUCUCUCUUUGGUUUUCUUUUAUUAUUUCCUGGGUUUUUUCUUUCUUCUUUUGCACACUGUGCAACUACUUUGUUCCAAGCCCAGAGAGCAGACAGGGGUGAUAACGGUUUUGACAACGAAGGAACUCAAAUUGCUCCUGGGUGUCUUUUCUUUUAACAAGAGAGAAAAACAAGGGAAAGAAGGCUUUGGAAAACGAGGCAAGUGAGGAAAGGUUUCAUGCAAACAACAACAAAAAAAUCUCUCAUUAAAAAAAACAGGUAUUUGGUGAAUGGAUGUCUUGUGUUUCAAAAAACAGUGGAUUUAUCACUUGACACAUAAAAGGGUUUCCAGUA